GAAAGUUACCUGUGGCCGCCCAAGUCCGCCACUUUCUGCUCUGUGGCUGCCCAUUGCCACCAUCCAGGAGGACUCCGCGCCGCCCGGCCGCCUCCGAGCUCGGGCCCCAUGUGAGGGGCCCCCCCUUAUCCCACCUUUCCGGCUAGGUGAGGGCGCGAGCGGGCGAGCGAGCGAGAGUGGUGAGGGGGGACGGAAAAGCAGAAUUACCUGUAGCUCUUGUUCUGCCAUCUCGGGCGCUCUCACACACCUUCACCUGCACAGACUUGAAAGUCCAGUUUCACCAGAGGCUGAGGCUCCAGGAAAAGGGGAGCGAGUUCAUUGGAUCAAACAUGUCACAAGAGUCGGACAAUAAUAAACGACUGGUGGCCUUAGUGCCGAUGCCCAGUGACCCUCCAUUCAAUUCUCGAAGAGCCUACACCAGUGAAGAUGAAGCCUGGAAGUCGUAUCUGGAGAAUCCCCUGACGGCGGCCACGAAGGCGAUGAUGAGCAUUAAUGGUGACGAGGACAGUGCUGCUGCCCUUGGCCUGCUGUAUGACUACUACAAGGUUCCUCGAGACAAGAGGCUGCUGUCUGUAAGCAAAGCAAAUGACAGCCAAGAAGACCAGGAUAAAAGAAACUGUCUUGGCACCAGCGAAGCCCAGAGUAAUUUGAGUGGAGGAGAAAACCGAGUGCAGGUCCUAAAGACUGUUCCUGUGAACCUUUCCCUAAAUCAAGACCACCUGGAGAAUUCAAAACGGGAACAGUACAGCACGAAUGUCCCCGAGAGCGCAGCUGUCGUCCCUGUGUCGGGAAUCACGGUGGUGAAAGCUGAAGACUUCACACCGGUCUUCAUGGCCCCACCGGUGCACUAUCCCCGGGGAGACGGUGAGGAGCAGCGCGUGGUUAUCUUUGAACAGACUCAGUAUGGCGUGCCCUCCAUGCCAGGCCAUAGCACCUACCUCAAGGAUGACCAGCGCAGCACCCCGGACAGCACCUACAGCGAGAGCUUCAAGGACGGAGCCGCAGAGAAAUUUCGGAGUGCUUCAGUUGGCGCUGAGGAGUACAUGUAUGACCAGACAUCAAGUGGCACGUUUCAGUACACCCUGGAAGCCACCAAAUCUCUCCGUCAGAAGCAGGGGGAGGGCCCCAUGACCUACCUCAACAAAGGACAGUUCUAUGCCAUAACGCUUAGCGAGACCGGAGACAACAAAUGCUUCCGACACCCGAUCAGCAAAGUCAGGAGCGUGGUGAUGGUGGUCUUCAGCGAAGACAAAAACCGGGAUGAACAGCUGAAAUACUGGAAGUACUGGCACUCGCGGCAGCACACAGCAAAGCAGAGGGUCCUCGACAUCGCCGAUUACAAGGAGAGCUUUAAUACAAUUGGAAACAUCGAAGAGAUUGCAUAUAAUGCUGUUUCCUUCACCUGGGAUGUGAAUGAAGAGGCGAAGAUUUUCAUCACCGUGAAUUGCCUGAGUACAGAUUUCUCCUCCCAAAAAGGGGUGAAAGGACUUCCUCUGAUGAUUCAGAUUGAUACAUACAGUUAUAAUAAUCGUAGCAAUAAACCCAUUCAUAGAGCUUAUUGCCAGAUCAAGGUCUUCUGUGACAAAGGAGCAGAAAGAAAAAUCCGAGAUGAAGAGAGGAAGCAGAACAGGAAGAAGGGGAAAGGCCAGGCCUCCCAAACUCAGUGCAACAACUCCUCUGAUGGGAAGUUGGCGGCGAUACCUUUACAGAAGAAGAGUGACAUCACUUACUUCAAGACGAUGCCUGAUCUGCACUCGCAGCCGGUCCUCUUCAUACCUGAUGUUCACUUUGCAAACCUGCAGAGGACAGGACAGGUCUAUUACAACACGGAUGAUGAACGAGAAGGCAGUGUCCUUGUUAAACGGAUGUUCAGGCCCAUGGAAGAGGAGUUUGGCCCAGCACCUUCUAAGCAGAUGAAAGAAGAAGGGAUGAAGCGAGUGCUUUUGUACGUGAGGAAGGAGACUGACGAUGUGUUUGAUGCUUUGAUGUUGAAAUCUCCCACGGUGAAGGGCCUGAUGGAAGCGAUAUCUGAGAAAUAUGGGCUGCCUGUGGAGAAGAUAGCAAAGCUUUACAAGAAAAGCAAAAAAGGCAUCUUGGUGAACAUGGAUGACAACAUCAUUGAGCACUACUCGAAUGAAGACACCUUCAUCCUCAACAUGGAGAGCAUGGUGGAAGGUUUCAAGAUCACGCUCAUGGAAAUCUGAGUCCUGGUCUCAGCAUCCCCUUGGCAGGAGCCCUCAGUGCAUUUCUCCCCGAGAGAGAUGGAGGCCCCAGAACCCACAGACCCCCCUCCCCCCAUCGCACACCUGCUGUUACACAACCGCGCUGGGGAGCGGGGCCGGCCACAAAGCCCUGUUCCUUGUCAGUGUGUUUGGCUCAUCUACCAGCUCCUUCUGUGGAGCUGAAGCCGAGCCCCUUGGGAAGGGGCCUUGCACCUGUCAGAUCCUUAUUUAUUGUCCACCUUUCUCCAGAGCCUGGGGUCCAGGCCCGCCAGGGCUCUGCAGGUCACUGCUGGCUCCAGAUGACACCGUCCAGAGCCCUCCCCUUCAGGGGAGACACGCCAAUCCAUUCAUCCUGAAGAACUCGGGAAGUCUUGUCCCUUCUGUCUCACCUUUCCACUUCUCCUGAGUGGAUGGACAAAACAAGCUGCUUCUCGGCGCAGUCGUCAGAGGUGGGGUGAGAGGUGGAUGCCCCUUUACUGGUCAAAAUCCUUCAGGUUGCUCUGGGGAGGGUCAUCUUGCUAAAUACCUCCAGGGUUCCUAGCGAGUGGCCACCAGGCCUUGUACGGGAAGACAUUCAGCUACCAUGUAAUUAGUAAGGAAGGCAGAAGGUGUGUCUGGCGAUCAUGUACAUAGUGUUUAUAAUAUUGCAAUAAUAUAUUUUACCUGUGGUAUGUGGGCAUGUUUACUGCCACUGGCCUGCUGGAGGCACGUACCUGAGGACUCUGCUUUCUACAAGAGGUUUCUGCCUCUGUGCUGUUCAGGAGGUGAGCUGGGUUAAGGAUGUUGUUUUUGGGGUGUCAGGUGACUGCAGCGGGGGCCAAGAUGGACGUUCCAGUGGGCGUGCCCGGGGUCUGGUUCCCUGUCCACAGAGGCAACCCUAUUCCCUCUCCAGGGUAUGACCACCCUGGACGCCACCGUGUUCAUCUAUCUCCCGGUGAUGUGCUUUGCUUGACUCUCCUUCUCAGAUUAUCUGAGGACCCAGCUCCUCCAGCUUUGGUGUCAGCACUGCCCGAGCUUUCUGGAAAAACUGCAGGGGGUUUGCCCUCAGGGCCCUGUUGCUGGGCCACUGCAGAACUCGUGGCUAUCAUGUGGCUCCUGGCCACUGUGUAGUGCCUCACAGUUUACAAGCAUGUCCUUCAUCUCAAGUGAUCCCCUUAAAGCCCAGCUGCGGUUCUGAGAGCAGUGCCAGCAGCUCAGCUCUGAAUCCACAGGCAGACUGCCUCCUGGGCCUCGGCCGGAGAGGAAGAGAUCAGUUGCCUCUGCUCCAGACUGCUGGAUUUGGAGGGAGGGUAGGAGUGAGAAUGCCCCAGAACUCCGGAAACCAGCCUCCAGAGAACUGGGAGAGAGGGGUCUUGUCCUCCCGCUCCAUGCCCUGGGAGAUGAAGAGGAGAAAAAUGCUUCCCUAAACAAUCACGAGAUCCUGACCCAUCCUGGGCCGCUGUUCUCUCAGCAGGGACAAGUGGGGGUCUAGGGUUUGCAUUCACCCAUGUGGGUUGAAGCACUAGCUUUUUGGUAGCCAGGCACAUCCCCCAGCCAAGGUCCCGGAUCUAGGACAGGUUCUAUGUAAGGGCCUAGAUCUGUUUGUAAAGCACUUUGACGUCUUACCUGGGGGCUCCCCCUCCAAGGGCUCCCUGCCCCUCCACCCCGUCUGCCCCUGAGGCCCGGAGCAGGAUGGAAAAGCUGCUUCCAGCCCAGCUGUGUCUCCUUGAGGCUGCAGAGGAUUUGAAUGGAAUGGAGAGCAGGUGCUGUGCCUAGGAAGAUCUCUCGGGGGUGGUAAGGGGGCCCCUUUCUAUAUGUCUUCUGGAUACAUUACUCCUCCCUGUGGUGCCAAAGGUUUGCAUCCUGGAUCCAGCUCUUCUCUACUCGGUGACUGCCAUGCCCUAGAGCAGCCACUUGGGGACCCUCCUGGGUACUAAUGGGGCUCUGUUCUAAGAUGGACACAUUCAGUGUUGGAAAUACAUGAUGUACUAUGCACUUCCCACACUCCUCGCCUUCGGGGUGGUUUCAAGCAUGAUUGGCAGUCGUAAUGGCAGAUACUAUUGGGCUGGAGCAUAGGACUCCAGAGCAAGGAAAAGACAAAAUUCUUGGCAGUCUGACACAGGUUCCCUACCCUUCUCUCUGUAGCCUCUGUGGAAAAGUGUUUGCUCGGCAUGCCCUCAGCAGAGGAUGAAUCAGAGAUGCUUUUGUGUUUGUCCUCGGUUCCUGAGCAAUCAUUAUGGUGACCACUGCCAGAACAAAGAAUAUGAGGUCAGGGCCACCGAAGAGUGGUUCUGAGUGUCACCUCCCAUCUGAUCUGUCUCUCUUCUUGACCACGUCCCCUCUGCAUUCUCAGAGUGCCCAUGGCUUAGCUUUGAAGUAUCCUACGCUGUGUAUGUUAGCAGAGCUUUGAUGAGCGAAAUUUCCCAAGCAAAAACACUCCAGAAAGAUAGGAAAACUUGCCUCCUCUUUUUUUUUGGUCCCUUAAAUUAAUCACACUCAAAUAAAUAAGCUUUUUCUUUAAAGUCCAUGUAAGAUGAGGGACACAUGAAACAAGUGUUUUUCUUAUACAUACCCAAAUUACUUAGACUUUACAGGUGUUUGGAAAUUGAGACCAACAGAAAAAUGCAGUCAGAUGUCCAUCUUGGCAUUGGAUCCUAAAAUACUAAGCGUGUUCCAGCCCAGAAACUUAGGGAGCCUGAAAUGAAUCAAACAUUUAUUUUCCUUCUUAUUUAAAAUCAUGAAAAUGCAAGAGAAACAGAGGGUUUGUGCCAAAUUCUGUGAACGGCCCUUUCUUAAAGUUAAGUGAGGAAGAUUGACGGAUGGACAAUUUGCUCUUGUUUAAAAAAAAAAGGCAAAUGUAACUUAAUAGUUUUGUAAAUGGGAGAAGGGGAAUCUAUAAACUAUAAAUACAGUUAUUUUAUUUUUUGUACAUUUUUAAGAAGAAAAAAAUAAAUAUUCAUAAUGUAAGAGUAA